AUGGCUUCAGAAGACGUUUGGUGCGAUGUUCUGGUCGUUGGAGCAGGUCCCGCGGGCUUCAUGGCUGCCUUGACCUUGGCACGCUAUAAUAUCAAUGUAAGGAUCAUUGACGCUCGGCCUGAAAGAAUUCAAACUGGACAUGCCGGAGGUGUGCAGCCAAGAACGCAGGAAAUUCUGCAGACUUUGAAUUUGCGUCACAGACUGGAUAUUCAAGGUAACCACGUCAGCGAGACAGCGUUCUGGUCAAUCAAUGAACAGGACACUUUUGAGCGAACACACAUCGGCGGAGAAAUACAGAAUCCCACCCCUUACCCCUGGAUCUUGAGUAUCCCGCAACGAGAGACGGAGCGUGCUUUCGAUGAGGACCUGAAUACUAGAGGCUGCACCGUUGAGCGCCCUGUGGAACUGAUUGACUUUACUUACACUGACGAUGCGGAGUACCCGCUUCUCGCUUCAGUCAAGAAUCAGUAUACCAAUAUCACUUCUGUCUACCGAACAAAGUACAUAAUUGGGUCUGACGGUGCCGCGAGUAAGACAAGAAGCCUACUUGGAUUCGGAUCCGAAACUCAUGGAAAUGACGACGUCUGGUGUGUCGCCGACUGCUACCUGGAUACCAACUUCCCUGAUGUGCGACGUCGUUGUGCGAUUCGCUCUAAACAAGGAGGCAUUAUGUUGAUCCCCAAUCCGCGAGAUAUGAAUCGCAUUUACACACAACUUGACACAACAGAUCUGGACAUUGUUGAGAACGGAGGAUUGAAUGGAGUCAAUGGCGACAUUAGCAACGGUGACAAGGUUCUGCUCCGCCCAAAAUACGGCGAUGUCGCCUUGUUACAACUUCUACGAAAGCGCGUAAAGGAUGUUGUAGCUCCGUACAAGAUGGAAAUCAAUAAAUUGGUCUGGAUCAGUCAGUAUCGAUUGCAUCAACGUAUCGUGGAGUCCUUCUGGGACCAGAAACGCGUGUUCAUCGUUGGAGACGCAUGCCACACCCACAGUCCGAAAGCCGCCCAAGGAUUGAACGUCAGCAUGGCUGACUCGUACAAUCUCACGUGGAAAUUGGCUCUCGUUCUGAAGGGCAAGUCUGAUGCGAGCAUACUCGAAAGUUACGCUAUCGAGCGUCGCCAGCUCGCACAAGAGCUCUUGGAUUUUGAUGCGAAAUUCUCGCACCUUUUUGGACGAAAGGAUUUCUUGGACAAUUCCAAGUUUCAUGAUGUCUACGACAAAGCACACGGAUUUACAUCUGGAGUCGGCCAGCAAUAUCAGCCAGGGCCGUUGACGGCUGUUGACGAAUCUAGUAUGACAAUCAUCAAUAGCGGUGCCGUGGAACCUUUGACCCCGGGCAAGCGUUUGUACCCAUUCAACACGCAGCGUCAUAUUGAUGGUACUCCUCUCAACAUCCUUGAUGAUUUCCCUUCCAAUGGUCGCUUUCAUCUUGUGGUCUUUGUGGGAAACGCAAUUCUGAACAAACGCUUGGGUCCACUCAUUGACUAUCUGGCGUCGGAAGAUUCAGUUCUCACGCGUUUCGACAAGACCUCCGGUACGGUUUGGGGCUUUGAAGAUAUCUACUCUACAAGUCAGCAGAAUCGGCACCGGAUCAUUGACAUGUUUCUAUUCCAUACUGAUGACAAAUAUCAAAUCAAUCUGGACGACCUUCCAGCGCCGCUGAAUUCAUGGAAAUACCGCAUAUAUUCGGACAAGGAUAGUUCGGUGCAUGCGAGCCUAGGAGUUGACCCAGAAGUUGGUGCAAUGGCACUUGUUCGGCCGGAUGGGUUUAUCAGCUUGGUGACUGGUUUGAAUGAAGGCGACAAGAUUACAACCUUUUUGAGCAAGUAUUUAAAUUAG